AUGAGUGAUCAACGAGGGCAUGGUUCAUUACCCAGUCAGUGGCGUGCAGUAACGGGGUCAGCGGAAAACUUUGUCGGUCCCCAGUUCAAAGGAAUCUCCAAGACUGCUCCACUUUCCGUGGACGGAAUCAAAGGCAAUGCGGAAGUUGAUAAGGUAGAUCAUCGGUGGCUGCCGAAGCACGUAACGGUGUUUCAAGAUCCGAAUGAAGAAGCCGCUCUACUUUUUUCAACUUACCUUUGCGGAGCAAGUGGCUCACGCCUACGGGAAGUGGAUUCGGGGAUUUUCUGA